AUAGCCGCGGACCGCAGCGCUGCAGUCGCGAUGAUGGAUGAGCCGUGGUGGGAAGGGCGCGUCGCCUCGGACGUCCACUGCACUCUGCGCGAGAAGGAGCUGAAGCUGCCCACCUUUAGAGCUCACUCCCCACUCCUGAAGAGCCGCCGGUUCUUUGUGGACAUCUUGACCCUGCUGAGCAGCCACUGCCAGCUCUGCCCUGCAGCCCGGCACCUGGCCAUCUACCUGCUGGACCACUUCACGGACCGCUACAACAUCACCACCUCCAAGCAGCUGUACACAGUGGCCAUCUCCUGCCUCCUGCUUGCAAGUAAGUUUGAGGACAGGGAAGACCACGUACCCAAGUUGGAGCAGAUAAACAGCACAAGGAUCCUGAGCAGCCAGAACUUCUCCCUCACCAAGAAGGAGCUGCUGAGCACAGAGCUGCUGCUCCUCGAGGCCUUCAGCUGGAACCUGUGCCUGCCCACACCUGCCCACUUCCUGGACUACUACCUCUUGGCCUCUGUCAGCCAAAAGGACCACCACUGCCACACCUGGCCCACCACCUGCCCCCGCAAGACCAAAGAGUGCCUCAAGGAAUACGCCCAUUACUUCCUAGAGGUCACCCUGCAAGAUCAUAUAUUCUACAAAUUCCAGCCUUCUGUGGUCGCUGCAGCCUGUGUUGGGGCCUCCAGGAUCUGCCUGCAGCUUUCUCCCUACUGGACCAGAGACCUACAGAGGAUCUCAAACUAUUCCCUGGAACAUCUUAGCACAUGUAUUGAAAUCCUGCUGGUAGCAUAUGACAAUGUCCUCAAGGAUGCCGUCACGGUCAAGAGCCAAGCCUUGGCCAUGGUGCCCGGCACGCCCCCGGCCCCCACCCAAGUGCUGUUCCAGCCUCCUGCCUACCCUGCCCUCAGCCAGGCGACGACGACCCUGGCCCAGCUCCAGGCCCCCGUGCAGGACCUGUGCUUGGCCUACAGGGACUCACUGCAGGCCCACCGCUCAGGGAGCCUGCUCCCGGGAGGCACUGGCUCCUCCCUCCACACUCCUUACCCCACCCUCCAGCCCCUGGACAUGUGUCCCAUGCCUGUCCCCGCAUCCCUUAGCAUGCAGAUGACCAUUGCAGCCGAGCCCAGGCACUGCCUUGCUACCACCUACGGAAGCAGCUACUUCAGCGGGAGCCACUUGUUCCCUGCAGGCUGUUUUGACAGAUAGGCCAACUUUGGGCCACAAGGGCGAGCCUCAAAGAGCCAGGCAGAGGAAGAGAACACCCCAGAGGAGAGCUGAGCCAGGUGAGGUGCCUGGAGGCCCUGCCCGAGAGCCCAGUGGACGUAAAAAGGGCUUGUUUUUUUGUUUGUUUGUUUUUUCCCUUUAAAUAAAACUGACACAAGCAAAGCAUUCAAUGACAUACCUCACCACCGAGAGCAUUCCUCUGAAAAUCCUCUCCCAUGUGUGCCUGGGGUAUAAAGAAGGCUCAGCGGCUGUUCCUCCAAGCAGGGGUCCAGUGAAUCAAGAAAGACUUGGGAAGAGGCCAGAAUACUAGCCCACAAGCACCUCCAGUUCGGGCCUCAGAGACUUCUUCGCUCUUAGCCGAUGGCAGCCACGUCACUGACAAAGAAGGGGCGGCCUGGCGCCUUCUCAGGACCCUGAAGCCUGCCGUGGUGGGUGCUCCCCUCCUUUGGCUCCACUGAGAGGCCUGUGCAUGUGGGCUGAGUGCCUCCUUGCAAGACCCAGCGAGUGGCUAUCUCGCCUUUUGUUUUUGAACGUGAAGCUUUUUCCGGCCUUUUAGAUACUUCACAUGCUGCUGCUUCCCCAAGUGAUCUAGCUUUCUGUUCCGCAAGAUGUCGUGUUUACAUACUACAUCAGGGAUUUUGUGAUACUUGAAAAAAAAAAAAUUCCUUAAGAGAAAUGAAACAAGUUUAAUUGCCACACUCUGCCUGUCCCCCGCAGACUGUCAGUUUUAACCCAUCUUGGGAUGGACCCGCAGUAGCACCAGAGCUCCCUUUUCAGAAGCACGCGAUGGGUGAGAACCACCUCGAAGGCUCUCGGUCCCAGAAGAUUCCAUGUCUUGGAUGCUGUAGAACUUUGAUGACUACCCGGGGGCUGGAGGGGGAAAACGAAGGUGGACACCAUCCCCACCUCCCUCCACCAGUUGCUUAUGGUAAGUCAGGUGACACCAGCCCUGGCUUUGAGUUUGGCUAAUAGCAAAGGAUAAGAAUGUGGAAUGCUUGUUAAUGCUGCCUGGAUGGGGACAUGGGGUGUAUCUGUCACCAUCGCUGGUAGGCAAGGGGUUGGUUGCAUCAAAAACCAGUAUUGGGGGAUCUGCAGCAAGAGGGAUCUCAGGAAGAUUCUUGUAACCAUGUGCAAUAUGUUUUUUAUUCCGACUCCCAGCUUCUGCUCAGCAUGUUUCUUUUGGUUUGUUGGUUUGUUGUCAGGGGACACACUGUUCGCCCGUCAGAACUGGGAGGUACAAAGGACGGAAGCAAAUUGUGUUGUUUGGUUUGCUUUUUAUUUUAUUUUUUUUUAAAAGAGAAACCCAUCUUGGUUUUCUUGACUCAUUGGUGUUCUUGACUCUUGACUCACUGUCUAGGAGACCGUGACGGGGGCCGCCAGGAAGGCGGCCGAGGGCUGCUGAGUCAGCUCCAGAGUUUUUUGGAGCAGAUGAAAGUCUCAGCGUGGAAAUGGAAAAGAGACGGGCUGUGGCUGAAGCACUGCCGCCCCGCCACACUAGCAUAGGAACUGCAGGGUCCUUUGUCAGUCUCCUUCCCCUUGCUGACUCCUCCUAUUUAUGUGCGACUGGGUGGGACUCUGGGUUAUUGUGUCUGUCUGUUGUAGGGCCGGGGGCUCCUGAGGGGCUACCCCAGCAGCCUGGCUCCCAGAAAUAAGUGUCCCGCAAUAAACAUAUCACCUGCGCUCCGUC